AUGUCGAUCGAAAUGGAAGUUGAUGAGCCACAAGUGGCCGCCACUUCAACUCGUUUGGCUCCAAUCGAGGAGGUUUUGAAUUAUAAUCAUAAUUUUCACUGAAAUUUCAAUGCUCUAGGUUAAAUCGAGUGCUCGUCAAAGUAAACGAAUCGCUGCUCACAGUCAUGUGAAAGGCUUGGGACUUGAUCAGGAUACGAAGGAAGCUUUGCCUAAGGUAAGUUUUUUUUUAUCUGUGAAAAAAUAUCAUAAAAUAGAGUAUUUUUAUAUAUUUUUGCAUUCAGGCCGCCGGCUUCGUCGGUCAGCAAGACGCACGUACCGCUGCCGCUGUUGUCGUUGAUAUGAUUAGAGGAAAAAGUAUGGCCGGAAGAGCUGUACUGCUUGCCGGGCCUCCUGGAACUGGAAAAACGGCGAUCGCCUUGGCCAUGGCCCAGGAGUUGGGCGACAGUGUGCCUUUCGUGCCGAUCGUGGCCAGUGAGGUGGAGUUUUUGAAUAUAAUAUGAUAGAAAUUAACUAGAAAGAUGAAAAUUUGCACAUUUUUCUUGAAAAAUUGUUUUUUUAUGGAUUUUUACUUUAAUUUCAUGGCUUUUUUUAUCAGGGAAUGUGGGAUUUUUUUUUGAAAUUCCAUCGCCGAAGCCAUCAUUAUGCCUAUUUUUCCAGUUUUAUGACAAAUCCUAUAAGUUUAACGCCCUUUUUUUUAGUUUUUCGGUCAUUUUUGAAGGUGAAUAGGUUCUUUUUUUCACGUUCUUGAAAGAGUUUUUUUAAAAUAAUGAUUUUAAAGACCGCAAAUUGUGUUUUUCCUAUCAAAUUUGAACGCUUGCAAACUUUCAGAGGUUGAAAUUUUUUUGCUUUUGAGUUUUAUUUUUUUAUUCUUUCCUGUGUUUGUUCCUUUAAAAAUUUUUUUGGCAUUUCUCGAAAUGAAAAAAAUAUUCAUAAGAAGUAGUGGAAUUCACCUAUCAGAACUUCAGAUUUGAACCUUCGGAAAGCCUUUUUUGAAAUUUGCCAUCUUUUUUAUGACCUUUAAAUUUUCCAGGUGUACUCAGCGGAGGUGAAAAAGACGGAAAUCCUCAUGCGCAACUUCAGAAGAGCCAUUGGUAGCAAUAUUACUUGAUUUUCCUAGAAUUUUAUGGAUUUUAGGCUUGAGAGUAAAAGAAAAGAAAGACGUUUAUGAAGGAGAAGUGACAGAAUUGACGCCUGUCGAGACGACCAGCACUCAGUUGACCGGAAUCGGUGAGUGCAGCCGACUAGGAACGGUUUUUCGCCUGGGGGAACUGUUGAUAAAGAGAAAAAGGGCUAAAAAAAACUUUAUAGAUAAAAAGUCCGUUGCAAAAUUUUUUAUCCACGUUUUCUGUGCUUUUUCCAUGUUCUUCAUUGAAAUCCAUGAAAUUUUUUAUCAUUCAAAAUUUUUCCUUCACCCUUUUCCAUGUUAUUUUUACAUCAUAAAACUCAAAAUUUCAAUUUUUCAUCAAUUUUUUCCAGGAAAAACAAUUUCCCACGUUGUCGUUUCGAUGAAAACCGCAAAAGGCAGCAAACAGCUGAAAUUGGACCCCAGUAUCUACGAUUCGAUUCUGAAGCAAAGAAUCGAAGUCGGCGACGUCAUCUACAUUGAGGCGAAUUCUGGAGCCGUCAAGGUUGGUUUUCCUUCAAUAUUUUGCAGGAAGUUAUUCCUUAAGGGUACUGAGGUUUUAAUAUAUUUCUGUUUGAAAUUUGUAACAUUUUUUUCUGGGCAGUUUUUGAAGAGAAUUUUCGCUUAAUUUCGUUAGAAAAAGAGGCCUUUUUUUCGAUUUUUAGAUUUUCAAUAUUUUUUUAGGAAUUUAUCCCGUAAGGGUGGUGGUAUGAAAAAAACAUCAUCGAAAAUUCAAACGGCGACUUUUCCGAUUUUUUCAUAUCGCUAGGGAACUUUCCGACGAAUCUUUUUCCGUCUUUUUUCUCGAUAAAGUCUUCGUUUUAAAUCUUCCUAUAUAAUGUAGGUAGUUGGUUCAUGAUUAAAACACAAAGAAGUAGGAAAAAAAAAUGUUUAUAGAAGUUUUAUAAACCGAAAAACAUAAGGGAAAAAAGUCGGAAAGAGAUCCGUCGGAAAGGUGGCCAUCGGAAAGUUCCCUAGUGAUAUGUAAAAAUCGGAAAAGUCGCCGUUUGAAUUUUCGCUGAUGUUUUUUUCAUACCACCGUAAGGGUAUUGAAAUUUUUCAUAUAUUGCUGUAAAAAAAGGCUAGAAAAAAAUUUUUUUCUGUGCAGUUUUUUUGAAAGGUUUUUUUCAAGAAUUUUUAUUAGAAAAGAUACUUUUUUUCGACUUUUUACUUCAAUCUUUUUCCAGUAAGUGAUCCCUGAAGGGUGCUGAAAUUUUUAUAUAAUUCUGUUAAAAAUAAAAAAAAAAUUUCCAGGCAUUUUUUUCAAGAGGAUUUUUCACUGAAUCUUUUUAGAAAAAGAGGCUUUUUUUGGUAUUAAGUUAAAAAAAGAUUGGUUUCUUUUUUUAGAUUUUUUUCAGUGAGUACACCUUAAAGGUUCUGAAAAUUGCGUAUUUCUGUAAAAUAUAGGCUGAAAAAUCUUUUUUCUUGGCAGUAUUUGAAGAGAAUUUUCACUGAAUCUUGUUAGAUUUUUGUGAAAAGCUGUGAAAAAUCUCGUUAGAAUAAAGAUCUUUUCGUUUAAAAAAAAGGAUGGUUUUUACAAUAUUUUCCAGUAAGUGAUCCCUUAAGUGUACAUAAAUUUUCCAUGUAUUUCAGUUCCAAAAGCUGUGAAAAAUUUUUUUUGGCUGUUCUUUAAUGAUAUUUAUACUGAAUCUCGUUAGAAAAGACAUUUUUCUCCGAUUUGAGACGGGAAAAGUCUUUCAUAAUCUUAGAUUCUCGAAUUUUCCACUUAUUUUUUCAUAUUUCGUGAAUUUUUUUAAUCAAAAAAAUUUCUGUUAAGUCGUGCUUCAUUUUUCAGUUUAACGAGUGAAUUUUUUUCUUAAAAUAUUUUUGUUUGACGUGAAAAAAAAUUUGCAAUACCUUAGAUUUUUAGUUGUUCCCGCUUGCUGAAAAUUCAAUGUUUCCAGAGAGUCGGCCGUUGCGACGUCUACGCUUCAGAAUUCGACCUGGAAGCCGACGAAUACGUCCCGAUGCCGAAAGGAGAAGUCAGGAAGUCGAAAGACGUCGUCCAGGACGUCACCCUCCACGAUUUGGACAUCGCGAACGCCCGGCCCCAAGGCCGCCAGGGCGACGUCAGCAGCAUCGUCUCCCAGUUGAUGGCCCCCAAGAAGACGGAAGUGACCGGUUUGCACACGUCGUUCAGCAACAAUCAGCCCCCUUGACUCUUCCAGAUCGUCUUCGAGCGGAGAUCAACAAGGUCGUCAACGAGUACAUCGACAGCGGCGUCGCCGAACUCAUGCCCGGCGUCCUGUUCAUCGACGAGGUCCACAUGCUCGACGUCGAGUGCUUCACCUACCUCCACAGAGCCUUGGAAUCGCCCAUCAGUCCCAUCGUUGUCUUCGCCACCAACCGUGGUGUCAGUGCUGUUAGGUAAGUGGAGAUCCGAUUCAGUUUCAGGGCUUUAAAAUGCUUCUUUAGACUUGAUAAAUCUUGAAUUUCUCCAAAAUCCGUGACCUCAAAAAUCAAUUUUUACAAAAUAGAUGUAAGGAAAAUAUGUUUUCGAGCGUUUUCUCCGAAAUUAAACAAAGACCGAUUUUCUGUUGAUUCAAAAAAAAAGGACCGAGUAAAUUGAGCUUUGGGAAUACUGAAAAGGUUUUUAUUGACUCAAUAAAUUUUUUAAAUGUACCCAAAAUCUUUGGCUUUGAGGAGACCUAAAAAUUUGAACUGAAGAGGUUUUUCGUUCCUUUUUUAAAACUUGAACAGAUUGUGACUGAUUUUUCGGAUAUUGGGAAAAAAAAAGAACCGAGUAAAUUCAGCUUUAGGCCUUUAGAUUACUGAAAAUGUUCUUAUUGACUCGAUAAAUUUUUAAAUUGUCCUCAAAAUUAUUGCCUAUGAAAAAGUUCUAAAAAAAUUGAACUGAAGAAAUUUUUUUCGACCAUGUCCUAGAAGUUGAACAGAUAUUUAUCAAUUUUUGGAAUUUCGAAAAAGAAAAAUAUGUAAAAUCAGUUUCAGAGCUUCAAAAUACUGAAAAUGUGCUCUUUCAUUAGAAUCUGAAUCCUUGGCUUCGAAAAUGUAUGAAGAAUGAAUAGAAAAAAUCUUUUGAGCCUUUUCUUGGGGGCGUGGCCGUUUUCUCAAAAACUUGGAAAUUGAUAACGCGUCUCGAAGUCAAUUAAUCACUUAAAGAGUGCUGACGCCGCUUAAGGGAUCACUAGAAAUGCUUGGAAUAGGCCGGGGCGCGUUAGAGAGGUCCGAGAAGUGUAAAAGGAUCUUUUAUUUGAAAAAUAAAGGUUCGAUUAGCUCAAGGCUGUGAUUUAUUAUAAUGUAAAGCAUAUAAUUAGUGAUAAAGCCUCCUAAAAAAUCAAAAAAACAGCUUUUACCCAUUUUUGCAACGCUUUGCAAAACAUUCAGAGAGGUUUCAUGAAUGAAAAUUUCCCUUUAAAGAUUUUUUUCCAAUGUUCGAAAAAUAUUUUCUUCACAUUUUCUAUAGAAUCAAGACGAUUGAGUUGAUAAUUUGUUCCCUUAAAGAGGUCUCGACACGAAAUCGCCACAUGGAAUCCCAACUGAAAUGCUCGAUCGGCUGUUGAUCAUCAUUACGAUGAAGUACACUCCUGAUGAGAUGAGAUCGGUGAUAAUUUCUUUCAUUUUUCUGAAAAACAAUCAGUUUUUUUUUUAGAUUCUGGCCCUCCGAGCUGAAGCAGAAAACGUUAAAAUGGAGCCGGAUGCUUUGGAAGCCAUGACUCGUGUGGCCUCUGAACGGUCUUUGAGGUGGACCUUGAGUUUUUCGUAGGAUUUUACAAGAUUUUUUUCAGAUAUUCCCUUCAAAUUAUCGCCCCAGCCAAGCUGUCGGCGCAGUGCAGUGGUCGCGAAACGAUCAAUGUUGGUUUUUGGAAAAAUAUAUAUUUAGGACAAAUUUGAACCAAAAAUUCAGUUUUAGUGGUCUUAGAAGCUCCAGAGAGGUCCCUAUAGGGGUCCGCUCUAGGGACCACUUUUAUUAACCCCUAUAGGGGCCUCUAACGCUUGAAAAAGUGGCCCCUAUAGAGGACAUUUUAGAUUUUCAUGAACUCUAUGCGAGGAAGCCUUUCCAUGCGAAAAACGGUAUAAAUAAGCGUUUUUAAAUGAAAUGGAAAGGCCCCUAUAGGGUCCACUUAAGCUUCAGGGGCUAAGGGGGCAGACCCUAAACUCCUAAAGGGAGCACCUUGAUUUUAACCUUAUAGGGAUCACUUUUUCGGCUCCUAUAUGGGCUGUUCUUCCCCUGAACCUCUAUAGGGAUCACUCUGAAAGUCAGAAAUGAUUUAGAAAAAAGGACCUCAAAAAAAUGAUGUUUUUCUUGUGACUUUUUGAAUUUUUCCGGUUCAAGCUGGACCUUGUUUUGAAAUUUUUACUAAGGUAGAAGUUAUUUUUUAAUUUUCAAAAUUUUCAAAAUGGAAUUUUAAGGAUCCGUUGACAUUCCAGCUGUUUCGGCUUAUCUUAAGAACUCUAGAGGGGUCCCUAUAGGGGCUAGGGGGCCCACCCUAUAAGGGUAAAAUUUAGGUGGUCCCUCUAGGGGUCUGACCCUUAAAGCUCAAUGAUCUCUAAAGGGUCUUUCCAUUUUUUGAUUAAAUUUGAAAAUUAAAAAGACAAGUUCGAUCAAAUCACGACUGAUUAUCAUGUCCCCUAUAGGGGCCACGAACUGAAAUCCUUAUAGGGACCACUUUUCAAAGCUUUGGUGGAGGUAAAUUGGUCCCUAAAGGGGGCCCUUUAAGGCUAAAAUGGCACGCUUUUCCAGCUUGAAAUUAAUUUGGAAACUUUGAUUUUUAUUUCACAACUUUUGAUUCAAGAAUUUUUAAUGCUUGAACUUGAAUAACGGCUCUCUUUGAAAUUUAUUAGGAAACCAGCUUGUAUUGGACAGAUCGAGGUAUAUAAAUCAAUUAAAAAUCAAGAAUUUUCAACCAGAAAACUCUCAAAAUUCGAAUAAAAAUAAUUUUUGAGGCCGCCGACAUCGCCCGCUGUGUUGAUUUGUUCAUGGAUCGCACGGUCUCAACGAAAAAAGCCCUCGAAAAACAAGCCAAACACUGA